AGCACCUUCACGGUAGCGAUCCAGGUACCAAGUAUUGACUGCAUAUCUUUCUUUUUUUGACGAACUAUAUCACACGGAAUCUCUCCAGAUAGUAUAUCCUUACGAACCCGAACAGAAUGGCCGCCGCCCAAGUCGCAGUCAAGUCGCACGAACGACCUGAACCAGGCUCAAUCAACAUCCCCCUCGGGAAAUACCCUCCCCCGAGCACGAUCGUGCCCGAUGAUCCUGAUAAGAUCGCGACCGAGGUCAUCGACAAGUUGAACAGCGCUCUCGCGAACAAAGACGCCCAAGCGCUGUCUCGGCUGUACGUCGAUGACGGCUACUGGCGCGACCAUCUCUGCUUCUCAUGGGACUUUCGCACGCUCAAGGGCAGGGAUAACGUCGCUCGAUUCGUAACGGAAGGGCAGUCGCCUGCCAAAGUACACAUAGACAGGUCGUCAGCUAGGAAAGCGCCGCAUUAUGGACCUAUCGAUGUUGUCGGGGAAGUAAAAGGCAUCGAGUUCUACAUCAGCGUUGAAACCAACGUUGGACGAGGAAACGGUAUAGUGAGACUGGCGGGUCUCAACGAGUGGAAGAUUUUCACGGUAUUCACAUCCCUUGUCGAGUUGAAGGGUCACGAAGAGGCUAUCAACCACCGCAGACCCGUUGGUGCGCAUCAUGGUGAACAUCUUGGCCGGACGAACUGGCUCGAUCGUCGGACCGCAGAGAGAAACUUCAUCGACAAGGAACCCGCGGCGCUCAUCGUGGGCGCAGGCCAAGGGGGUCUUACUGCCGCUGCGCGCUUGAAGAUGCUUGGGGUUGAUACAUUGGUCAUCGACCAGGAGGACAGAGUGGGAGAUAACUGGCGUCGCAGAUACCACCAGCUCGUCCUUCAUGACCCCGUCUGGUUCGACCAUAUGCCUUAUAUACCGUUUCCUCCGUCAUGGCCGAUCUUUACGCCAAAGGACAAACUAGCGGAGUUUUUCGAAUCGUACGUCACGCUCUUGGAGCUGAAUGUCUGGGUCAAGACGACGAUUAAGUCUUCCUCAUGGGAUGAGAGCAAGAAGCAGUGGACUGUCACCGUCGAGCGGAGGAAAGAGGAUGGUAGCGUUGAGACUCGUACAUUCUACCCGCGUCACAUCAUCCAGGCCACCGGUCACUCGGGCAAGAAGAACGUGCCGGACUUUGAGGGGGUCGACAGCUUCAAGGGAGAUCGACUCUGCCACAGCUCAGAGUUUCCCGGUGCCAAUCCCGAGUCCAAUGGGAAGAAAGCUGUGGUGGUUGGGUCGUGCAAUUCAGGCCACGACAUUGCUCAAGACUACUACGAGAAGGGAUACGAAGUCACCAUGGUCCAGCGCAGCUCGACAUACGUCGCUAGCUCUGGUUCGAUUACGAAUAUCGGCCUGAAGGGACUGUACGAGGAGUCCGGCCCGGUGGCUGAGGACGCGGAUCUGUAUCUCUGGAGUAUCCCAGGAGAGCUGUUCAAGACACUGCAGGUCAAAUUGACGGAGGCGAUGCGCCAGAAUGAUGCUAAGCUUCUCGAAGGACUAGAUAAGGCCGGUUUCAAGGUCGACAAAGGCCCCAUGGACGCCGGUCUUCUUAUCAAAUAUCUCCAACGUGGCGGUGGCUAUUACAUCGACGUGGGCGCAAGCCAGCUGAUCGCAGAUGGAAAGAUCAAGGUCAAGCAAGGCCAGGAAAUCACCAAGGUCAUUCCAACGGGCCUCCAGUUCGCGGAUGGGUCGCAGUUGGAAGCUGACGAAAUUGUUUUCGCGACGGGGUAUCAGAACAUGAAAUCGACGACUCGGCUGAUUUUUGGCGACGAAGUGGCCGACCGAGUUGGGAGUGUCUGGGGCUUCAACGAGGAGGGUGAGGUGCGAACUAUCUGGAGACGAAGCGGACACCCUGGGUUCUGGUUCAUGGGAGGCAAUUUGGCUCUGGCGAGGUAUUACUCGCGGUUGUUGGCGUUGCAGAUCAAGGCAUUGGAGGCGGGCAUUACGCAGUACUAGUUAGUAGAUGAUUCUGUAAUGUUUUCUGCAGUGAAUAGAAAGGCCGUCUUUGAAUCUUCUCUGGGACUUCCAGUACUUUUUUGAGAUAAACAUAUUGGCAGUUGCGUGUAGAAGAGGCGUGCGGAGGCAACAGUGGCAAAU